GUUGAGGCGUCAUCCAGUGGGCACGGAGGACCACAAUGACAUUACUGAGGUGCUGACGGCAGUGCAGGCGAUGACACGUGUCCAACCUCCUAUCCCUGAGGCCCCGAUUGAGGAGGCAGCUAUGCCUACCGGCCCAAGCACGAGCACAGCUCCGGCCGGAUGUCAAUCUCGUCCGCCUGUUGCUACCCCUCAGCUUCUCCCUACCCCCGAUCCCUCUGCAUCCACCCCACAUGCAUCCGCCAGCCCCACCAUCCCUUCAUCCACCCCACAUCCAUCCCCUACCGUCACCAUCCCUUCACCCAACCCACAUUCAGCUCCUACGCCCACCAUCCCUUCACCUAGCCCACAUCCAGCCCCUACGCCCACCAUCCCUUCACCCACCCCCCAUCCAUCUCCUUGCCCCACCAUCCCUCCACCCACCCCACUUCCUUGUUCUGGCUCUGACGUCCGUCCACCCACCCCACAGUCAUUUCUUCAGCUGUCACCCAUUCCAUCCUUUGACCUGGGUACCCCACCUGACAUGCAGCAGGAGCCACCCUCCCAUAGUUCGUUUAGUACCCCUUCUUCAGCCAUUGACCCACCCCAUGUUCAGGCUGAGCAGGCGGUUGGGUUACCUACAACGGCUGAAGGUCGGCCUAAACGCAUAUCAAAGGCACCUCCGUGUGGGACAGGGGGGCACAAACAUGGACACAAUGUUGGGCCCGAGGCAUCUGACGAAGGACAUGCAAGACCUCCUCCUCAUUAUACGAGACGGCGUAAGAUUCAAAAAAGGUGAAUGCCUCAAAUAAGGACAUUAGCUGGAGGUAGAUAUUCCAACAAGGAUAUGGUUCUUAAAUGUGACAAUGGAGGU